AGGUCACCCUGCAAGGCUGUUGGUUCAGACAUGGGCUGACAAGUGCUUGGUCCUUUUAAACUGCUUUAGAUAAAACUUCCUCUCUUUCUUUCCUCCUUUACAGAUUCCAGCAGCACUAUGGCAGAGCAUAGCCACAUGCAACAACAGCUGGAUUUACAGAAUGGAGGUUUAGAGGCAAGCUUUGAGGCGAAUUCCCUCGAGAACAAUUCCCAGAACAUGAUGGAGAGCCUGAGCCCAAAGAAAUAUUCUUCCAGCCUGAGAUUUAAAGCCAACGGAGACUAUUCUGGCUCCUAUUUGACCCUCUCACAACCUGUGCCUGCGAAGAGAAGCCCUUCCCCUUUGGGAACCAGUGUCAGGAGUAGCCCCUCCUUGGCCAAAAUCCAGGGAAGCAAGCCCUUCUCUUCUGAUGGGACUGACAAAAACAUGGCCAUGAAGCCUCCCACUCCUUUACGCAGCACUUCACCCUCCCUGGGCGGAUAUCCACGCGGAAGAGCAGACUUUGAUUAUUAUUCUGGCCGGGACAGUGAAAGGUCCCUGAGGCUCUCAGAGAAGCCUCCCUAUUCCAAACAUAGCUCAAGGAAUAAAUCCCAUGACAAUGUCUACUUUCUCGGAGGGCUGGAAAGCCGAAAGCCUUCUGGCUCCCUCUUGGCCAUGUGGAACGGAAGCUCCCUGAGUGACACCGGCCCCUCUCCCAUCAGCAGAUCAGGGGCGGCCAGCAUGCCUUCGAGCCCAAAGCAAGCCAGAAAAAUGAGCAUCCAGGACAGCCUGACACUUCAGGCCAAGUUGACCAGACACAAGGAGCCAGCAACGGAAAACAUCGGAGUAAGAACUAGGAAGUAUUCUGGCAGCAGCCUGAGUCACAUGGGAGCCUAUAGCCGAUCGCUGCCCAGGUUGCACAGGGCCACAGAGAACCAGCUGACGCCUCUCAGUUUGCCUCCAAGAAACUCUCUGGGCAAUUCCAAGCGAAACAAACUAGGGGAAAAGGAUCUACCUCAUAGCAUCAUAGACAACGACAAUUACCUGAAUUUUUCUUCUUUGAGCUCAGGUGCUUUACCCUAUAAAACCUCUGUGUCUGAGGGCAGUCCUUACGUCGGUUCCACCCUCAGUGUCCCUGGCAGUCCCCGCAUGGCUCGGAAGAUGCUUCUGGCCUCCACCUCCUCCUGUACCUCUGAUGACCUUGAGAAAGCUUCCUACUCGGGGACCAGCUCGGGUCAUUCAUUUCCUCCCGUAGAGCCAGACAGAGUGUUUGCAGCCAGGAGGAACUUCUCUUGUGGGUCUGUCGAGUUGGAUGAUGCCGAGUUGGAGAGCCUCAGACAGGCCUCAGGAACUCCCCAGCCUGUGUUUCGGGAACGGAAAAGCAGCAUUAGUUCCAUUUCAGGACAGGAUGACCUGAUGGAUUACCACCGGCGGCAAAGGGAGGAGAGGCUCAGGGAGCAGGAGAUGGAGCGAUUGGAGAGACAGCGUCUGGAGACGAUCCUCAGCCUUUGUGCCGAGUACACAAAGCCCGACAGUCGAUUGUCCCCUGGCACCACCGUGGCAGAUGUGCAGAAAAUCAAUAAGGAGCUGGAGAAGCUGCAGCUCUCUGAUGAGGAGUCUGUGUUUGAAGAAGCCCUGGUGAGCCCCGAGAUCCGAUACAGGUGCCACCAGAAAGGCUCUGGCCACGAUGCGGACUUGGCAGUCUUCGGGAGCCUCAGUCAGAGCAGUGCCAGCUUCCUGUCCCCCAGGAGUGCCAUGAAUGAGGAACUGCUCAGGGACCUCACCAGGACUCCCCCACCACCCCCCUCUGCCUUUUUGAAAGCUUCCAACGAGUCUGCUUACCUAAGUAUCCUGCCAAAGACCCCAGAGGGUAUAAAUGAGGAACAAAGGGUUCAGGAGUUGGCUGCAAUGGAGGAGACCCGGAUAACAAUUCUGAACAACCUUGAGGAACUUGAACAAAAAAUCAAAGAUAUAAAUGACCAGAUGGAUGAAUCUUCCAGAGAGUUGGAUAUGGAAUGUGCUCUUUUGGAUGGAGAACAGAAAUCUGAAACAACUGAACUGAUGAAAGAGAAGGAGAUUUUGGAUCAUCUAAACCGGAAGAUAGCAGAACUGGAAAAGAACAUUGUUGGUGAAAAGACCAAGGAUGCUGACCUGUUGGACGUUGAGAGCAAACACUUUGAAGACCUGGAAUUCCAGCAGCUUGAGAAUGAGAGCCGUCUGGAUGAGGAGAAGGAGAACUUGACCCAACAGCUCUUGCGUGAAGUGGCUGAAUAUCAACGGAACAUAGUCACUAGAAAGGAAAAAAUUUCUGCGUUGAAAAAACAAGCCAAUCAUAUUGUCCAGCAGGCCCAGAGAGAACAAGACCACUUUGUGAAAGAAAAGAAUAAUUUAAUAAUGCUGCUGCAAAGAGAAAAGGAAAAUCUUUGUAAUUUGGAAAAGAAAUACUCCGGCCUCUCUGGGGGGAAAGGGUUUCCUGUCAAUCCAAAUACUCUAAAAGAGGGCUAUCUCAGUGUAAAUGAAAUUAAUGAGCCAUGUGGCAAGUCCACGAAUCUAUCCCCUUCCACUCAGCUCCCUGCUGAUGCUGAUGCUGUUGCCACUGGGCCUACCACAGCCGUACUGGUAAGCCAGCCACAACGUAAAGAGCACUUUAGAAGUCUGGAAGAAAGGAAAAAACAGCAUAAAGAAGGCCUCUAUCUGAGUGACACUUUGCCUCGAAAGAAAAGCACACCUUCCAUAUCCCCACAUUUCAGCAGUGCUACUAUGGGGAGAAGCACCACCCCGAAGGCUCACUUGCCCCUGGGACAGAGCAACAGCUGUGGCAGUGUGCUACCUCACUCGCUGGCGACCAUGACCAAAGACUCGGAAUCGCGGAGGAUGCUCAGAGGGUAUAAUCACCAACAGAUGAGUGAAGGACAAAGGCAGAAAUCUUCUGAAUUUUACAACCGCACAGCAUCUGAAUCAAAUGUCUACUUGAACAGUUUCCACUACCCAGAUCACGGCUACAAGGACCAAGCCUUUGAUACCUUGAGCCUAGACAGCUCUGAUAGCAUGGAGACCAGCAUCUCUGCUUGCUCACCUGACAAUAUUUCUAGCGCCAGCACUUCAAAUAUUGCCAGAAUAGAAGAAAUGGAGAGACUUUUGAAGCAGGCUCAUGCCGAGAAGACACGGCUGCUUGAAUCUAGGGAACGUGAAAUGGAAGCCAAAAAACGGGCUCUGGAAGAAGAGAAACGACGCCGAGAACUCCUGGAAAAGCGGCUGCAGGAAGAAACGAGCCAGAGGCAGAAGUUAAUUGAAAAAGAAGUGAAAAUAAGGGAGAAACAAAGGGCACAGGCUCGACCUUUGACUCGUUAUCUGCCUGUCCGGAAGGAAGACUUUGAUCUGCGGAGCCACGUGGAGACUGCUGGCCACAAUAUUGAUACCUGUUAUCACGUGUCCAUCACAGAGAAGACCUGCCGAGGAUUCCUCAUUAAAAUGGGUGGAAAAAUUAAAACUUGGAAAAAACGAUGGUUUGUUUUUGAUCGGAACAAGCGUACAUUCUCUUAUUAUGCAGACAAGCAUGAAACUAAAUUAAAAGGGGUAAUAUACUUUCAAGCCAUUGAAGAAGUCUACCAUGAUCACCUCAAGAAUGCUAAUAAGAGUCCUAAUCCAUUACUCACCUUUAGUGUCAAGACACAUGACAGAAUCUACUAUAUGGUGGCCCCCUCACCGGAAGCCAUGAGGAUCUGGAUGGAUGUUAUAGUUACUGGGGCAGAAGGUUACACUCACUUCUUGUUGUAGUGAACUGGAGCAACAAUCCAUUUCAGGGCAGAAUGCAAUAAUCUCUUACAAGAAUGAAGCCAUAUUCUAUCCCAGAUGGAAAGACCCAACAGACCCAUCCUUUUAACUGUGUACACUCAGAACUCCUUUCAUAUUAAGAUGAAGUCAUUUGUAAAUGAGAACAAAAGUGUUUUAAUUCAUAGCUUGAUGAUAAAUAGCAAAAGAAUGAAAUCAUCUAUGAGAAAGAAAACACUAUUUUGGUAAAUAGCAUCACUUAUAGGAACAUUUCUAAUAAAAUAUUUUUUAGCAAUUGUUGAUUUUGGUGAACUAAACAGUUUAUAAAAUGUACAUACUUGGGAAUAUGAAAUUAUUUUAGCACCCAAAUCAUUGGCAUUGACAUUAUUGUAAUUAACUGGCUUUUUACAAAUAGGAGCAUUUUGCCAAAAGUUAUUAUAAAUAUGAGCAAACAGGGCCUUGGAGAAGAAUAUAUUACGGGAGGAGCUCUUGCCCUAAUUUUUAAGUACCGCACCAAAACCAAAGACUUGACGUAACUUCUGUUUAAUAGUGGUAGUUUUAAAUGAUGAACUGCACUUAGUGUUAUUCUACACUUUAAAAUGAAACUUUGAUGCCAUCGAGUGCCCAGGAAGUUGACCUUGAAGAGUUGCCACCAGAGUAAGCUACUGUACAGGAAUGGCAAGCCACUUUUUGUAAAAGAAGAAAGAACAAAACGUCAUGUAUUUUAGAAAGCAGUCUUAGACAGACAUUGGGCAAUUUUAAAUAAAGAGAAUGUUUAGUGUUAGAAACUUGUUUGCAUGAAGAUUUCUCCAUUCCCAGUGCUGAAAAUAAAGGUAACCAAGAGCCAGUUUCCUUAUAUUGUCUGAUUUUCCUUUGUUGUGGAGCACCCCUGUUAAUUGCAGCCUCCCAUGACACAACUAUGAAAUCAGAGCUGUUUUUACCAAAGAACAGACCAUUUAGAAUACUUAUUUACAGAAGUGCUGUAGUUUUAUAAAAAAAAUCACAUGAAGUUCAUUCAUGUUCUCUGUAAUGUACUAUUUUAUUAUGUAUCUCUUUACAAUUAGCCUUUGUUUUAGAGUUAAAUUAAUUGUUGUUGAAUUAAGUGACUUCCGGCAAGUCUCUUUCGUAAGAGUUUUUUAAAUGCCAUUUAUUGUGGUUUGUUAUGUUGUGUAUUUGUAAGUAUGAAUGUAUUCUUUCCUAAAACUUGGCAAAUGAAUAGAAGUAGAAAAUAAUGACAUUACUUACUAGUACAAAGUGAAAUGAUUAGAUUCUUAAAAGUGUCUAUACAUCUUUGUCAGGCCUGCCUGGGUACAAUUUUUUACAUUUGCAGUAUGCUUUGUGUACAUGUAUACAUAUUGCCAAUAAGAUUUUGCAACUGGAUGACACAUGAUUUUACUUGAACAGUGGAGGACAAAAUCACGAUUGCAGAAGACAUUUUUAUCAUCUGUUUUUUUCAGAGAUCACCCCUAAAUCAUGUAAUGAUUUGUGAAAUGCAAUUGCUAACAAUUUCUUGGUUAAUGUAAAAAUAUCAUUUUUCUGUACUGUGCUUUCUUCAUAGAAUUGUAAAGAUAUUCUAGUCAACUUUAUAUCUUGCAUGAUGUAGUAAACCUUUUAAAUAUGUGUGUCAAAAUAUGUUGUGUUUGAAUUAAAAUAUUGACCAGAUUUCACAUUUGAAAAUAAACUCAUCUUUCAUUAGGAAGUUA